GUGGCACCCCGUGCACACCGCGUACAGCGUACACCCUACUUACAGCCUGUUACAGCCCUUGGUGCGGUUACAUGAAUAAGCGACUCUAAUAAACGCUUAACAACACUUAUUUUUACAAGGAUACAAUUGAACUUGAUUGACUACAAUAUCAUUCCUGUCGACUUUAUGCCAGAAUUGGCCGCUUGGUGCAGCACACAUACUCGGGGACAACGAUACCCGGGCUGACUGGGAGGUUGGGGACUGGGGCGCGUGAGCACUCUCAUUUCCUCUCUAGUGAUAUGUAAAAUAUUUUCAUUUAUUUUAGUAUAUAAUUAGUAUGUUUGACCAAAGCAUUAUUGGUCUAUGUUUCUUCGUCUGUCUAGCAGUGGUUUUUAACUGUUCAUUACAUCGUAUAGAAGAAGGUCAUGUUGGUGUUUAUUUUAGGGGAGGGGCAUUAUUGCCUCAAGUAAGUAAUCCUGGAUUUCAUAUGAUGAUACCUUUAUUAACAAACUACAGAUCUGUUCAAGUGACAUUGCAAACAGAUGAAAUAAAAAAUGUACCAUGUGGUACAAGCGGUGGUGUGAUGAUCUACUUUGACCGUAUAGAAGUUGUAAACAUAUUAGAUGCAAAUAGCGUUUAUAAUAUUGUGAGAAAUUUCACGGCAGACUAUGAUCAAACAUUAAUAUUUAACAAAAUACAUCAUGAAUUAAACCAAUUUUGUUCUGUACGUACAUUACACGAAGUAUACAUAGAUUUGUUUGACCAGAUAGAUGAAAAUUUAAAAACUGCUCUGCAAAAAGAUUUAAAUGAUCUGGCACCUGGCUUAAGUAUUCAUGCUGUUCGAGUUACAAAACCUAAAAUUCCAGAAACUAUAAGGAAGAAUUAUGAGUUAAUGGAGGCUGAAAAGACAAAAUUAUUGAUAGCUAUACAACAUCAGAAAGUGGUAGAAAAGGAUGCAGAAACUGACAGGAAGAAAGCUAUUAUUGAAGCUGAAAAGCAAGCACAAGUAUCAAAAAUUCAGUACAGUCAGAACAUUAUGGAAAAGGAAUCCCUUCAACAAAUAGUCGAAAUUGAAAAUGCAAUACAUUUGGCUAAGCAAAAGAGUUAUACUCAUGCUGAAUAUUACAAAAUAACUAUGCAGGCAGAGGCGAAUCAGCUUCUUUUUACUAAAGAAUAUUUAGAAUUAAAGAAAUAUGAAGCACUAGCCCAAAAUGCAAAAGUUUAUUUUGUUCAGGAAACACCAAAAAUGUUCAUGCACGACAGUAGUUUUAGUAAUAAUCCUGUACAUUCCAGUGUAGAUACGAAAGAAUCAUAA